AUUAAAAUUAAUGUUUACCACUCUUUCCCAUUAAAGAAAGUCAAGUAUUUUUUCUCUCUUUUAAAAUAUCUUCAGCACUUAAAAAGUGAAUAUGAAAAACAGGACUUAAUGGGGGUUAUUAAAUUGGUUUAAACACCGGGUUUAUAUUUACGCAACCACUAGUGUACACACACAAAAAUAUUAAACUCUUUAUUCGGAUAGCUUCGUGCAUUUAAAACGACAAAACAAUAUCUCAAUGGAUUAAGAAGAAUUAGAUGGAAUUUAAUAUUAUUAUUGCAAAGUGUAUUAGGUCAGAAAGUAUACAGUAAUUCAGGCUUAGAUUUAUCACAAUUGAUUUUGAAUCAUAAUUUUUAUAUACAUUGCUAGAGUGGUUUUAUUUUGAACAAAUGUUUAAUAGAUACUGUUUAGAUUUGGAUCGAUAAAUAUUUCAGAUCUUUCAAUGCGAUUAAUGGAUCUAUGUUUAUAACAAGGGGCUGUACCGAUAGACGUCGACAUGUGUGUUGAAUUUUGAAGAACCCCACUUCGUAAAAAUAAAAAAAUAAACCAAGAUUUGCAUUAUCGUACAAUAAUAAUUCAUAACCAUGGUUGAACCAAUAGGAUGGUCGAGCAUGCGCAAUUCGCUACAUUACAAAUCCGUGUUUCCUACCGUACCGGAUGUAGGGAUGCAAGUGACACUUCACAGAAAUCUUGCAAAGCGACUUCAGCCAAAAGAGACAGUCUUAACGGUGAAUCAAUACAACAUUGAAAUGGCAAGAAGAAUUUUACAUCGACAACGUGUUGCGCUACGUCUUUAUUCAGGAAGCAGAUUAAAUCUGAAGGGCUCAACAGCUCACGAGACCUCUGCAAGGCUUCAUCGUCAGCCAUUACGUCACUCCACGUGCCCGGAUGGAUUCUAUAAAGACAAUUCAGACGCUUUUUCAAAUAUGCGUUCCGAAGGAUCAACGCUAUUAACCGAGGCAUCAGUUUAUGGUACUGCGAGAGAGAGCAUUACACGUGAAAGCACGUUACCAGUUUUGCCGGAGAGAGUUCGAGGCAUGAGUACAAUACCCGGAAGUGCGCGUUCUGAUUUGUCCGAUUCUCCUCGUUACGCGAACUGUGACCCGGAAAAGCUUCCAGAUUCGCGCGGAUACCUCGUAAAGCUAAAGAAACCAAUUGUUUACAAAAAGAAAUACACGGAAAAGGAAGUACAGAACAUUGUCAAUCGUUUGUCGGAUUAUGAUCCAAUCUCCCAUCCGGCCGAAUCAAAGGGCUACGUUAGACAAGGUCCUGCCGUGGUUUCUCAAGUACCGAGGCAAAGCAUGACUCAAGUUAAAAAGUGCACGGCGGAAGAAGUGCAAGAGAUUGUUGAACGUCUCUAUUCUUUUGACAAUUCAAGAUUUCCGGCGGAAUCUAAAUCAAGACCUGUAGUGUAUUCUGGAAGACCAAGGGUUGUUAAGACGGCGCCAGCUGAAGUAGCACGGCAAAUUGCUACAGCUCCGCUUCCACCAACGCAUCCCUCUCCUGUUUUAGAAACGGACGAAGAGAGUAAAGAAGAUAUUCAUGCACCGUCAGAGGUGGCCCCCGUAUCACAGACUUCUAUUCCCGACGCUCCUAUUUCCGAAGGACAAAAUUCAACUUCACAGUUGAAAUAGAGGUCAAUGGAAACGUUUACUACAUGUAAUUGAGUUGGAAUUCUAAAAAGUAUUCUUAAGAGCUUCACAAAAUAUCUUAUUCCAAGGAAUUUUCACCAACCCAUUUCUUCAUGGAUAUGCUGUAUAGGACAAAGGUCCUAUUUUGUUUAUAUCUAUUAUCAAACGUGUCAUAAAGUUUUCAUUUUCCUUUUUUAUGCUUUUCUUCAAAUUCCUGUUCUAUGAAAAAUAAAAAAUAUAUUCUU